CUAUAAACGUGCAAGUUGCCAGGCAACAUGCACAGGGUUUUCAUUACCAGUAAUGCGAUCCGUGCAGGCGACAGCUAGUCGCUUCUGUCGAACAUAAAGCAUUUUGUGGAACAGCACGUGGCGUAACUUCGGUAACUUCACAUUUGUCCUUCACGUUUGCGCAAUCACUUGAACGUGCUUGAAGGAGUUUAGAGGUCAUAUUGUAUAUAGAUAUUAGAGAUUAUCUUGGAGGUUAUUCAACCGCAUUAAUAAACACUCGGGCUUGGAUUUCACAAGCCUAAUUUUUGCAAGGCCGUUCAUCAUCAUACCAAUACAGGUGGUGAUGCCAUUGGGUCAAGACAGUUGAACAACCUGGAGCUUGGUGAAGAAAUAUUGAUAUAUAGUUGUGUCCAGCACCAUGUCAUCCAAGACCAAGCGCAAGUACGUGUACCAGGAGCACAUGUCGGAGGUGGCGCCGCCUAGCGGUGACCAGACCAUCGCCCGCCUGCUGGAGACCCGCGGCAACAACCUGCACCAGGUGGAGGACGCCAACGGGGAGGUCUACUUGGUCAGCAUGCCCAACAAGUUCCGGCGCAACAUCUGGGUGCGUCGCGGCACCUUUCUGAUCCUCGAGCCGAUUGCCGAGGGCGACAAGGUGCGGGCAGAGGUGGUGAGAGUGCUGUCGCGGGAGCACGUGGCCGAGCUGCGCAGCGCAGGCGCCUGGCCAGAGAGGUUCGAUGAGGUAGGCUCGACGGCGGCAGACGAGGCGGCCGAUGAGUUGCAAAAUCUGGACCUGGAGGAGGGGAACCCGAACCGGCCUCCGGUGGAGGUAGAGACAGACUCGGAGUUAGAGUCAGAGUCGGAGGAGGACUCGGAGUCGGACGGUGACGCCGAUCGCAGUGGCAGUGAGAGCGGGAUGUGAAUAUAGUGUAUCGUGCGUCCGUUCGUGGGACCGACGGAUGUUACAACACGACAGGCCGGGGCAACGCCAGCCUAACACACGGCCUCGUGGCAACGGUGCCGGCCCGGCGCGGGCUGCAAUCGACUCCGCCCCAGCUCGCCCGGGUCGCCCGGAGGCGGUGGCACGCGGGCGCGGCACUCUGUCAAUUACGUGCCCGACUCGCAGUGUAACGUGUACAAAUGUCCAGCGGACCGUAUCGAUCAGCGAGGCUGGCGCCCGGCGGCGGCAGUUAUGCAGAAUGAACAGGGAACAUGCGAUGGCCAAUGUGCAUUGGAUGUGCACACUGCACAGUGCACGCCCACUGUCCAUUGAGUUUCGGUGGAGUCAGCUCUGUGACUGUUGGAUAAUAGUCGUGGAAUCGAUGUGGGGUUCUUAACGGCCUGUCACGAAAGACGGGGCAUUGUUUAUUGGAUUGUGCCGUUUUCGCAUUAUCUAUAUUCGAAAGUGAAUGAAUAUAUAAUGUAAACUUGUGUUUCUUGUA